CCCUUCAUUUUCUUGCCUGAGAAACUGAGGUGGACAGUGGACAUAUUUAAAUUGGAUUGAACAGUGAACUUCACUUUGUUCUAGCGACACAGUGAAAGAAGUCUACUCAUCUGACCACAUACCAAAGACCUUCUGAACUGCUCUGAAGUUAACCACUCUCAGCAAAAUGUUCUGUGGAGACUAUGUGCAGGGAACCAUCUUCCCAGCUCCCAGUUUCAACCCCAUGAUGGACGCCCAAAUGCUGGGGGGUGCACUCCAGGGAUUUGGCUGUGACAAGGACCUGCUGAUCGACAUCCUGACCCAGCGCUGCAACGCCCAGAGGCUGGUGAUCGCCGAGGCCUAUCUGAGCACCUUUGGCCGGGACCUGGUUAGUGACCUGAAGGAGAAACUUUCUGAUCACUUCAAGGAAGUCAUGGUGGGCCUCAUGUACCCACCGCCCUCCUACGAUGCCCACGAGCUCUGGCACGCCAUGAAGGGAGCAGGCACUGAUGAAAAUUGCCUCAUUGAUAUAUUAGCUUCAAGAACAAACGGAGAAAUUUUCCAGAUGCGAGAAGCCUACUAUUUGCAAUACAGCCGCGACCUGCAGGAGGACAUUUACUCAGAGACCUCGGGACACUUCAGAGAUACGCUGGUGAACUUGGUCCAGGGAACCCGGGAAGAAGGGUACACGGACCCUGCCACGGCUGCCCAGGACGCCAUGGUGCUGUGGGAGACCUGCCAGCAGAGGACAGGGGAGCACAAAACGCUUUUGCAAAUGAUCCUGUGUAACAAGAGCUACCAGCAGCUGUGGCUGGUUUUCCAGGAAUUUCAAACUAUUUCUGGGCAAGACAUAGUAGAUGCCAUUAAUGAAUGUUAUGAUGGAUCCUUUCAAGAGCUGCUAGUUGCAAUUGUUCUCUGUGUUCGAGACAAACCAGCCUAUUUUGCUUACAGACUAUACAGUGCAAUCCAUGACUUUGGUUUCCAUAAUAAAACCGUGAUCAGGAUUCUAAUUGCCAGAAGUGAAAUAGACCUGAUGACCAUAAGGAAACGAUACAAAGAGAGAUACGGGAAGUCUCUCUUCCAUGAUAUCAAACAUUUCGCUUCGGGGCAUUAUGAGAAGGCUCUGCUUGCCAUCUGUGCUGGUGAUGCUGACGGCUACUAAAUAAAAAGAAGGAUUUGGCGGAUGCGCUCAUCUUCAGAGACACGUCAGAAUAUAGAUUCUGUGAUGAAUAUGCAUUGUUGGUAGCAUUAUCACAAAACUAUAGAAUCAUAUUUUCUUUUCUCUCUUUAAAAUUAUUCCAAGAAUAAUUAUUAUCAAUAGGUUAUUCAAGAAAAACCUAUUGACAAAAGUGUAUGAGAUUGGAUUUGCACAUAUCUAAAUCAGGAGUUCGUUAGAUUGCGUGUAACAGUAAUAAAAGACAUUAUUGCAUUG